UUCGGCCAAGGCACGUCAUUCAUGCUGUUGUUCUCAUUGGCUGGUCAGUCGCACGUUGCUGUGAACUGAAGCCGCACGUACUGUGGGCAGGAGAAGGUGCGCUGCCGGUUAUAUGUGUCCCCCUUGUUGGAAAUGGCAAGUGUUCAUGAGAGCUUGUAUUUUAACCCUAUGAUGACCAAUGGGGUGGUGCACGCUAACGUGUUCGGCAUAAAGGACUGGGUCACCCCGUACAAGAUCUCCGUGCUGGUGCUGCUGAGCGAGAUGACUAAGAACUUCGAAAUUACGGUGGUGGAAAAGAGGCGCCUGAACAAGCAGAUCCUGCCGCUGCUCCAGGGUCCUGAUAUGUCACUUUCAAAACUGAUCAAGAUUGUUGAAGAAUGCUGUCCAAAUGUGGCAAGCUCAUUGCUGAUCCGGAUAAAGCUGAUGGCUGAAGGAGAGCUAAAAGACAUGGAGCAGUUCUUUGAUGAUCUUUCAGAUUCAUUCUCUGGGACAGAGCCUGAUGUGCACAAAACAAGUGUUGUUGGAUUGUUUCUUCGUCACAUGAUCUUGGCCUACAAUAAACUUUCCUUCAGCCAGGUGUACAAAUUGUAUACCUCACUGCAGAAUUACUUUCAGAGCAAUAAGGGCAAGACUGCUUCAAAGACAGAAAAUGAGGAGGCAGAGAUGGAACUCACUAAUACUGAGGAGGAGGAAGAUGAUGAAGAAAGAAAGAUGGAGAAAGAAGAUCUUGAUUUCCCUAUUGUAGAGGAAGACUUGGCGUGCAAUGGACCUCUGUCCCAAAAACAGGCUGAAUAUUUCCUAGCUCAGCAGGCCUCAUUACUAAAGAAUGAUGAAAGUAAAGCUCUGUCACCUGUCUUGUUACAAAAAGAGCUGAACAAUUUGUUGAAGUUUAAUCCAGAUUUUGCAGAAGCGCAUUACUUAAGCUAUUUAAAUAGCCUGCGUGUCCAGGAUGUGUUCAGUUCAACACAUAGCCUACUACAUUACUUUGAUCGAUUGAUCCUCACCGGAGCAGAGAGCAAAAGUAAUGGGGAUGAAGGUUAUGGGCGGAGCCUGCGAUAUGCUGCUCUCAACCUGGCUGCACUACAUUGCCGUUUUGGACACUAUCAUCAAGCAGAGCUGGCCCUGCAGGAAGCCAUAAGGAUAGCACAAGAAUCAAGUGACCAUGUCUGUCUGCAGCACUGUCUGAGUUGGCUGUACAUAUUGAAGAACAGGAAAGGUGAAGAUAGCAGUGUCUUACUAGAGCAUUCCAUAAAGAAGGCUGUACACUUUGGGCUACCUUACCUGGCCUCACUUGGUAUACAGUCCUUGGUUCAGCAAAGGUCAUUUGCAGGCAAGACUGCAGAUAAACUGAUGGAUGCACUGAAAGACUCUGACCUCCUUCACUGGAAGCACAGCUUAUCUGAGCUAAUUGACAUCAGCACUGCCCAGAAGACGGCCAUAUGGAGACUGUAUGGACAGAGCACCAUGGCAUUGCAGCAAGCACAGAUGCUUCUUAGUAUGAACAGCUUGGAUGCAGUUAACGUGAGUGUCCAGCAGAAUAACACCGAGUCAUUCGCUGUGGUUUUGUGCCAUCUAGCAGAGUUGCAUGCAGAACAGGGCUGCUUUUCAGCUGCUUCAGAGAUCCUGAAACAUUUAAAGGAAAGGUUUCCCCCUAACUGCCAACAUGCAAAGCUUUGGAUGCUUUUUGAUCAAAAAAUCCAGUUUGAUCGAGCCAUGAAUGAUGGGAAGUAUCACAUAACUGAGUCACUAGUGACUGGAAUUACUGCACUGGACAGUGUGGAAGGAUUGUACAGGAAAGCCGUUGUUCUAAAAGCCCAAAAUCAAACAGCAGAGGCUCAUAAAAUUCUGCAGGUGCUACUGACCCACUGCCAGAAAGUAAAGAACAUAGAGAUGGUUAUACGGGUCCUUCUCUCCUUAGCAGAGCUGUACUGGAGAUCAUCAUGUCACCCUGUGGCAUUGCCUGUACUACUACAAGCUUUAGCUCUUUCCAGGGAAUAUCGCCUCCAGUAUCUGGCCUCAGAGACGGUGCUUAAUUUGGCUUUUUCACAGCUGACUCUUGGCAUCCCAGAGCAAGCGCUGAAUAUUCUGCACAUGGCAAUAGAGCCCAUCCUGGCUCACGGAGCGGUGCUGGACAAGGGCCGGGCCAUGCUUCUGGUGGCAAAGUGUCAAGUGUCCUCUGCAGCGUCCUAUAGCCCACAGAAGAAAACAGAAGCUCUGGAGUCAGCCAUUCUAAAUUUAAAUGAAGCAAAGAAUUACUUUGCUAUGGUGGACUGUAAGGAGCAGAUUCGGGACAUCCUGUACUUGCAAGCCAGACUGUACAACAGCUUGGGAAAAGUCCAGGAGAGAAACAAAUGCUCUAUGCUUUUCCGACAGAUCCAUCAAGAACUUCCUUCUCAUGGGGUGUCAUUGUUAACCCGACUAUAAGAGUUUAAAAUGCCAAAUACUGGCCUAUUGUUUCCAUUCCAUAGCACAGAAGAAAUGCAAGGUUUCACACCCAAGGGUAAAGUUAUUCUCUGGAACUGAUCCGCUAAAGUUUGCUGAUGUUUAAUAUAAAUAUAUAUAUAUAUAUAUAUAUAUAUAUAUAUAUAUAUAUAUAUAUAUUUCAUGUUAGUGGUUCAGACAAUGUUAUCCAUUGGUUUUGGGAAAUUCUGAAUUGAUGGUGAUUGCUAGCCUGCCAACACUAGUCCUCCAUUAACACAUGGAUGUUAUAUGGUAAGACUUCCCAGUGUGUAAGGAUGAGGUUCAGGGAGCUUGUUGUCAGAAGGUGUUUAUCACAGAUAAGUCUGAAACUGGGUUAUCUCCAGACAUCCUUGGAUCGCUGACCAUAUUCAGAAUAUUCUCAGAGUGGUUGUUUGCCGAUACCUCGCACAGCCCCAUCCGAAGAUUACAUCAGUUACACUAGCCACAAACUCCCUGGUGCAGAUGGGAUGCCAAGAAUUGGACUAUACUUAUUGAUCACCUGUUAGUGGUAUAUGCGGUAUCCGUAUUCUUUCCAGACUGACGGGAUCCUGGUGGACAAAACACCUUCGGUCGCCACAAGGUUUUAUUGCCCCUUACGUGGUGGUGUGGACCACCACCUAAGUGGGGUUUCUGGCCGGCAGUCGGGGUUCUGACCGUAAACAUUUCAAUGGCUAUCGGAUUUUCAACUGCUGGGAUCCCAACAGUCGGGACUAUAGCUGCAUACCGUAUAUGUAGUAGCUGAAGUGGGCCUGUUAUACGGCUGUAUGCCAUACCACCUCUAUUACAUCUGCUGCAACCACUGUGUAGGAGCAGCAUAUGCUGUCAGCCAGCAUUCCUUUUACUCCUUAAAUAAAAUUGUAAAUAAAAAUAUUUUUGAUGUGA